CGUGAGUUAUUGCAGUCCGUCUGAAAUGUCAUGUCCUCAUGACAAGUAUAUUAGAAAAUAUAUAUACAUUAUAGAAGCGUAACAUGAAUUAGCACAACAUUUCCACUGCGUUAUGAAGUAAAGUAAGAUUUAAGAUAGCAACACACGAAAUGAAGCUCCACGGGAUUACAAUGACGAAGUUUAAAAUGUCGUGAAUGAACUAACAGAGCACUGAGUGUAUUGGAAAUACAUGAUGUGGAGGACAGGUGGUGUCCUCGGGUUGCGGCUGGCAGGCAGAGGAGCAGCCGGACUCUGCUCUAACAAAUCACAAAAACCGCCCUCGUCGUCGUCUAAGUCACACUCUUCUCCUGCACGACCUCGAGCUGAGAAACAAAGGCGCAGACGAGAGCGGGAAGAGGCUAUACUGUCAGGUCAACAUGGUGCUGAGGAUACGUCAGUGAAAUGGAGCGAGAAGGAGGAGACAGUGUACACUGCUCCAACACCUCCUGGGACAAAGAAAGACACUACUUUGCCAUUCCCACCCUCUUACAGUCCGGGCUAUGUGGAGUCUAGCUGGUAUCAGUGGUGGGAGAGAGAGGGAUUCUUCAGUCCUGAGCAACAUGAGAAGUUGCCUCACGCCGUGGAUCGGACCUUCUCUCUGUGUAUCCCUCCACCAAAUGUCACCGGUACUCUGCACCUGGGCCACGCUCUGACUGUGGCUAUAGAGGAUGCAUUGGUUCGAUGGAGGAGGAUGCAGGGCUACAGAGUCCUCUGGGUUCCCGGAUGUGACCAUGCAGGUAUCGCAACGCAGAUGGUGGUGGAGAGAAGACUCCUGAGGGAAGAGGGGAAGCACAGACGGGACUUUACUAGGGAAGAGUUUCUGAGAGAGGUGUGGAAAUGGAAGAACGACAAAGGAGAAGAGAUCUACCAUCAGCUGAGGAGCCUGGGAGCUUCUCUGGACUGGAGCAGAGCCUGUUUCACCAUGGAUCCUGAGUUCAGCAGGGCUGUGACCGAGGCCUUUGUCAGACUCUGUGACGCUGGCCUCAUUCAUCGCUCUGAGGGUUUGGUCAACUGGAGCUGUGCGCUGGAAUCUGCCAUCUCUGACAUUGAGGUCGACUCUUUGGAGCUUUGUGGGCAGACCAUGUUGUCUGUUCCUGGUUAUGAAAACAACGUGGAGUUUGGAACCAUGCUAAGCUUUGCUUAUCCUUUAGACGGCCACGAUGGAGAGGUGGUGGUGUCCACCACUCGUCCUGAGACCAUGUUGGGAGAUGUCGCCGUGGCCGUUCACCCCGAAGAUCCCCGAUAUCAGGCUUUUCAUGGGAAACGGUGCAGACACCCGUUUACUAACAGAGUCCUGCCCGUCAUUACUGACUCACUGGUGGACAUGGAGCUUGGAACAGGUGCAGUGAAGGUGACUCCCGCUCAUGACCACACUGACUUCCUGCUGUCACAGAGACACUCGCUGCCACACCUCACUGUCAUCAGAGGAGACGGGACUAUGGCGCCCUCCUGUGGACAGUGGCUGGAGGGAGUAAAGCGAUUUGACGCCAGGCAGCUUGUUGUGGAUGCGCUGGCGGAGAAGAAGCUGUUCAGAGGGAAGAAGAAUCAUGCCAUGUCUUUACCUGUCUGCAGCCGUUCAGGAGACGUUAUUGAACCUCUUCUAAAGAAGCAGUGGUUCGUCCGUUGUGAUGAAAUGGCUAAAGAAGCCGUACAGGCGGUGGAGGACGGAGAGCUGAAAAUCAUCCCUCACUUCUACACUAAGACAUGGAGGACGUGGCUGUCCAACAUCAGCGACUGGUGUGUCUCCAGGCAGCUGUGGUGGGGUCAUCAGAUCCCUGCUUACCAAGUGGAGCUUCCCAAUUGUACCAACACAGAAGAGGAGCGGUGGGUUUGGGGACGCAGCGAGGACGAGGCGAGACGGAGAGCGGCUGAUAAAUAUGGAGCGCGGCCUGAAUCCAUCACUUUGACCCAAGACCCUGAUGUCCUGGAUACGUGGUUCUCCUCCGCGCUGUUUCCCUUCGCCAUGCUUGGUUGGCCACAGCAGACCGCUGACAUGCGGCGCUAUUAUCCCAACUCUGUUCUGGAGACGGGCAGCGACCUCAUCUUCUUCUGGGUGGCGAGGAUGGUUAUGCUCGGCAAAGAGCUGACCGGACAGCUGCCCUUCAAACAGGUUCUUUUCCACUCUCUGGUGAGAGAUAAACACGGCCGGAAAAUGAGCAAAUCUCUGGGAAACGUCAUUGACCCGUUAGAUGUCAUACAUGGAGUCUCUCUGGAGAGACUCCAGGAGAAAGUGAUGGAAGGGAACCUUGACCCCAGAGAGCGGCUGGUUGCCAUGGAAGCGCAGAGGAAGGACUUCCCCCAGGGAAUCCCUCAGUGUGGGACGGACGCGCUGAGAUUUGCCCUCUGCUCUCACAAGAUGCAGGGAGAAGACAUCAGUCUGUCCGUCUCUCGGGUCCUGAGCUGCAGAUACUUCUGCAAUAAAAUGUGGCAGACGGUCAGAUACACACUGGGAGUGCUGGGAGACGCCACAGCUCCAGUGGGAUCACUGGAACAGACGACCCCCCUGAGCCCCAUGGACCGCUGGAUCUGCUCCAGACUCUACAGCACAGUCUCACAGUGCGAGCAGGCGUUCGAAAGCUACGAGCUCCACGCCGUCACGUCUGCCCUGUACGACUUCUGGCUCCACAGCCUGUGUGACGUCUACAUGGAGUAUGUGAAGCCUGUGCUGCUCCAGCAGCAGGAUGGCGGGGGCUCUGUGGUCCAGCCUGGCACAGAGUGCAGUGACAGCGCGAGGCAGGCGGCCCGCAGUGUCCUCCAUCACUGUGUGUCUGUGUCUCUGGCUUUGCUCUCCCCCUUCAUGCCCUUCAUCACUGAGGAGCUGUGGCAGAGACUGCAGCCGUUCGGACCUGGAGCCGCUUCCCAGAGCAGCCUGUGUUUACAGCCGUACCCCCGCUCCUCUCAGCUGGCUCACUGGCAUUUCCCCGAAGAGGAAGAGGCUUUUCUUCUGAUCCAGGAAGUGAUUCGAACAGCUCGCUCUCUACGAGCCCAGUGUGGCAUGACCAAAGAGAAACCUGCCAUGUGGGCAGUGUGUUCACCCAGCCAGGCCCAGGUCCUCCUUCACUACGGGUCGGCUGUGUGGACGUUAAGUCGCAUCUCCAGCCUCCAUAUCUACUGUCCUCAUGGAGCACAUGACCUCCACUCCUCUCCUCCGCCGGAAGGAAGCCUCAUUGGUGUGGUGGACCACACAUGUCAGCUACACCUUCACGUUCAGAGUGGCGUGAACGUUGAAAAACAGAUUGUGCAGCUCUCCCAGCGCAGAGACAAGCUUGUUCUGAAGCUAAAGGAAGUCCUCGGCACAGUCCAGUCUCCAAACUACCUGACCAAGGUUCCUGCUCAUGUCAGACAGAAGGUGGACAGUAAGAUGUCAGCCUUGCAGCAGGAACUGGAAACCAUUGAGGACCAGCUGAAGAUUCUGCAGGAGAACCAAAGAACAGAAUAAGAACAGAAAACCCUGUGGACUGUUUGUUGAUGAACUGUGGUGACUACAUACAUGAUGUAUGAUUAUGGCGUCGUUACACUGCUUGAAGGAUCCCAACGUUGCACAAUUUCAUUUCUGAAUGCCAUUUUUCAUCAUGUAAUAACUGUUAUGGCACUGUGGAACUCUGCUCUGCUUUUUUAAUGAUGCAGGUGUCAUAAAUGAAUAAUUCUUAUUCUGCAA